ACAGGUCAAUGGGGAGAUGGAAGUAAAAGAGGAUCGCCUGGCCCGGUAUAGUGAUUUGGUCCGAGCGCUUCUAAGGGAAUUAGAAGAGUUUCGUCUGACUAGAAUACCCCGGUCGGAAAACGCUGAUGCAGACAUGCUUUCGAAAUUAACGCAAGCUUGCCCGGAGCAUGUCUCGAAAUUGGCAAAAAUUGAGAUACUAGACGUGUCGAGUACAGACCGGUUCGAGGUUGCGGCCAUCCAACCAGGCAAGACUUCAUCAUCCGGGAUAAUCGAGGCAGAUGAUGAUUGGAGGUACGAGCUCAUGGAGUAUUUGGAGACCGGUCAGAAGCCUGAUGACGAGGAACGAGCCAGGAACGUAGUCCUACGGGCUCCACGUUUCCAGGUGAUCGACGGCCACUUAUACAAACGAGCAAUUGGCGGACCACUCUUGCGUUGCCUUACCAACCCAGAGGCUGAGCGGGUAAUUGCCGAGGUACAUGAGGGAGUUUGUGCAGCCCAUCAAAUGUCCCGCACUUUGGCUCAAAGGAUAAUCCUACUAGGCUACUACUGGCCGACCAUUGUUGGGGAUUGUGAGAGAGUGACUUCAAGAAGAGCAACUGGAGAGACUCCUUUCGUGCUAACCUACGGGUGUGAAGCCCGGUUACCAGUGGAGGCAGAAAUUCCAACAUUCAGAGAAACCGUCUAUCAGCCCGGUCUGAAUGAGACUGAACACCUAGCUGAGCUAAAUCUGGUGGAGGAACGAAGGACCAUAGCAGCUGUCAAGAUGACCGGUUACCAGCAGUCGGUAAAGCGGUAUCAUGACAACCGGGUUGGGCCGCGGUACUUCCAAGUACAUGACGAAGUCUUGCGCAGAAGGGAUGCCAGUAAGCCUAAUGAGAAGGGCAAGCUGGUGCGAAACUGGGAAGGGCCCUAUCGCAUAAAAGCGAUUGUCAGACCGGGCACUUACCAGUUGGAGACAAUGGAAGGCGGCCGGGUCGAGCGACAUUGGAACUCUCACCACUUACGCAAAUUUUAUAGAUAAAGUGUAAUGAGUUCCCAGCCAUUAAUAAAAGUCCGUUCUUUUCAGAAGGAUUGUUCUCGUAUAUAUAUUAUGUUCCGAUCUACCCGGUUAGGUGUCCAAUCGAAUUGGACAUCGAGCAAAAAAAAAAAAAGAAGAACCGGUCUGACCGGUCUAAGACCUCAUCCGUAUUGACACGGGAGUUAAAAAACAAUUUGGCUUUUC